AUGAAGAAGAUAAUUUGUCCAUAUGCUGACUGUAAGAAUGAAAUAGCCUGGGACUACGACGAUGCUUUUAAAGUGAAGGAGCACUUAGUAACUCGUGGAUUUAUGGACGAGUACGAAAUAUGGACACGUCAUGGCGAAGAACAAGUGGACGGGCCUAAAAAUGUAGUUCCGACACAAGUUGAAGACAUGGUGCAUGACGAUGGUUCUGUUGAGGACAAAAACGACCUAGAGGAAAUGUUACGUCAUGCAGAACCCGAGGUGCUGAUGGGGUCGGCUAGAGGGUUAAAUAACUUUGAAGCUUUACAGAAGGCAGGAAAGGAAGUUUUGUACGAUGAGUCGAAGGACUGUGACAGUGAGUUUACAACACUACGGUCAGUUCUUGAACUUAUGAGGUUAAAGGCGAGACAUGGAUGGUCUAAUACCAGUUUCGAUAGUUUGUUAGAACUUCUGCAGAAAAUGCUCCCAAGGCCUAACUCACUACCAUUCAGCACAUAUCAAGCAAAGAAACUCAUAUACCCCCUUUCACUUGGUGUGGAAAAUAUUCAUGCGUGCGUAAAUCACUGCGUACUGUACAGGAAAGAGUAUGCUUCUUUAGAUGAAUGUCCAACAUGUGGUGCUAGCCGGUACAAAUCGAAUAGCAAUACUGGCCUAGAACCGUCUGACACAACUGAGGGAUGGCAGAGAAAAAUCCCGCAGCUUGUGAUGUGGUACCUUCCUGUCAAAGACCGCAUUAAACGGAUAUACUCAAACCCACGAGAUGCGGAACUAAUGCGCUGGCAUGAAGAAGGGCGCAAGAAGGAUGGGAUGAUUCGACACCCGACAGAUGCUCGUCAAUGGAUAAACUUUGAUGCUCAGUACAGAAAGUUUGCUAAAGACCCACGGAACAUUAGAUUUGCCCUGAGUACUGAUGGAGUUAAUCCUUUUGGAGACAUGAGCAGCUCACAUAAUAUGGCUGAUUUAUGGAAAGAGGGAUUGAAAGUGUGGGACGAGUACUUAAGGGAAUACUUCACAGUGAAGGCCAUCAUCUUCGUGACCAUUAACAAUUAUCCAGCAAUGUUUUCAGUUUCAGGUCAAAUUAAAGGUAAAACAAGAUGUGUGAUCUACUUGAAUGGAACGUACUAUAGGUAUCUCCCAGGUUCCAACAAGCUUGUGUACAUGCGGCACCGGCAGUUCCUACGCACAAAUCACAAGUACCGCAAGAUGAAGGCGGAGUUCGAUGGCACUGAAGAGACUGAUCCUGCACCCAAACCAACCUCGGGAGAAAAGGUGUGUGCAAUGACAGAGAAAAUUGUUUGCGAGUUUGGAAAAGUGACUAAGAAACCAUCAAAGGGGACAAAGCGCAAGAAACCCAAGAAGAAUACGAAACAAGGGGAUAGUAAGAAGCAAGAUGAUAGUUCGAAGCCAGAUGAUAAACUCCCUCCUCCAUUCAAGAAGCAUCCCAUAUUUUUUAAGUACCUCCCGUACUGGAAAGAUCUGGAGGUUCGGUAUGCCAUAGACGUCAUGCAUCAAGAGAAGAAUGUGUUUGACAACAUAGUUGGAACAUUGUUGGACAUGCUGAAGAAGACUAAAGAUGGUCUGCAAUCAAGGAUGGACCUACUCGAGAUGGGAAUCAGGGAAGAGUUACACCCUCAAGAAGGAGAAAAGAAUGGCAAAAUAUAUCUUCCACCAGCCUGUUUCACACUAACACCUGAGGAGAAGAAGUCAUUUUGCAACUCACUCCGUGAUCUCAGAGUGCCCAUAGUGCCGCAGAUGGUUGCGCUUGGCCUAUUGUACCUCCAUCAAAUGUGCUCAUACGAGCAUUACAUGGCGGUUUUGAAGAGUUACGUCCGAAAUCGUGCACAUCCAGAGGGAUCAAUGGUUGAGGGUUAUAGUACUGAAGAGGUUGUCGAGUGCUGUAUCGAUUACCUCAAAGAUGGAUAUGCAAUUAGAGUACCUGUGGCCCGACACGAGGGCAGAUUGAGUGGCAGGGGAAUGAUAGGAAAGAAGAGAUUCAUCACCCAUGAUCACAAAUCAUUCCAAGAAGCUCACUUCAGCGUGCUUCAAUAG